CCCGGCCGUAGCUCACUGUCUCCAAGAUGGCGGCCGUGUCAGUUUGGGGCAUCUCCGCGGUCCGGCCUGGGGCCCCGCUUACCCGGCGCUCUUCCCCCCCGGCAUAAGAUGCACAUUUUUCUGCUGGGAAUGAGAUGUUCUUGAGUUCUUACAACUUUAUGAACAGACCCAUGUGUGGUGCUAUUGAGAAGUUUGUUGAGAAGUUUGAAGAUAUUUCAGAUAACAGGUUGUUUUGGUUUCUAAAGUAAAAGUGGGGAGGCACUCUGUUUUGUGAAAGGAGGAAGGACUCAGGCCAGAAAACUUGUAUGCUAUGGUUAACUGGUUCCCAGCCUCCGGGAAUGUUGUUUUCCAUGGUGUAAAACUUACUCAGCAUCAGGAUAAGGGAUAACGACUCUAUGGAUAUAAAGAAUCCUUCACCAUGGUAAAACUCGCAAACCCGCUGUAUACGGAGUGGAUUUUGGAGGCCAUCAAAAAAGUGAAGAAGCAAAAACAGCGUCCUUCAGAAGAAAGGAUAUGCAAUGCAGUGUCUUCAUCCCAUGGCUUGGAUCGUAAAACUGUUUUAGAACAAUUGGAGUUGAGUGUCAAAGAUGGAACAAUUUUGAAAGUCUCAAAUAAAGGACUCAAUUCCUAUAAAGAUCCUGAUAAUCCUGGGCGAAUAGCACUUCCUAAACCUCGAAACCAUGGAAAAGUGGAUAAUAAACAAAAUGUAGACUGGAAUAAACUGAUCAAGCGGGCAGUCGAGGGCUUGGCAGAGUCCGGUGGCUCAACUUUGAAAAGCAUUGAACGUUUUUUGAAAGGUCAGAAGGAUGUGUCUGCAUUGUUUGGAGGCGGUGCUGCCUCUGGCUUUCACCAGCAGUUACGAUUGGCUAUUAAACGCGCCGUUGGCCACGGCAGACUCCUUAAAGAUGGACCUCUUUAUCGGCUCAACACUAAGGCAACCAAUGUGGAUGGGAAAGAGAGUUGUGAGUCUCUUUCUUCUUUACCUCCAGUGUCACUCCUUCCACAUGAAAAGGAUAAGCCAGUUGCUGAACCAAUCCCCAUCUGUAGUUUCUGUCUUGGUACAAAAGACCAAAACCGAGAAAAGAAGCCAGAGGAACUCAUCUCCUGUGCAGACUGCGGCAACAGUGGUCAUCCAUCGUGUUUAAAGUUUUCCCCCGAGCUAACGGUUAGAGUGAAGGCCUUACGGUGGCAGUGCAUCGAGUGUAAAACGUGCAGCUCCUGUCGCGAUCAAGGCAAAAAUGCAGAUAACAUGCUCUUUUGUGAUUCCUGUGACCGAGGUUUUCACAUGGAGUGUUGUGAUCCGCCACUCACCCGGAUGCCAAAAGGCAUGUGGAUAUGUCAGAUAUGUCGACCUAGGAAAAAAGGACGAAAACUUCUACAGAAAAAGGCGGCACAGAUAAAACGGCGCUAUGCUAAUCCAAUAGGACGCCCAAAAAACAGGUUAAAGAAACAAAACACGGUGUCAAAAGGUCCCUUCAGCAAAGUUCGAACAGGCCCUGGAAGGGGUCGGAAGCGUAAAAUCACUCUCUCCAGCCAGUCAGCAUCGUCAUCAGAAGACGGAUAUCUAGAGCAAAUAGAUGGCUUGGACUUCUGCAGAGAUGGCAGCGUCCCCUUGAAGUUCAAUAAGAAAACCAAAGGGCUCAUCGAUGGCCUUACCAAAUUCUUUACCCCUUCCCCUGACGGGCGGAAACCUCGAGGGGAAGUGGUGGACUACUCUGAGCAAUAUAGAGUCAGGAAAAAGGGCAACAGAAAAUCAAGCACUUCAGAUUGGCCCACAGACAAUCAGGAUGGCUGGGACGGCAAACAAGAAAGUGAGGAACGGCUUUUCGGGAGCCAGGAAAUCAUGACUGAGAAAGAUAUGGAAUUAUUUCGUGAUAUCCAAGAACAAGCACUGCAGAAAGUUGGAGUGACCGGUCCCCCUGAUCCGCAAGUCCGCUGUCCCUCUGUUAUUGAGUUUGGGAAGUAUGAAAUCCACACCUGGUACUCUUCUCCAUAUCCUCAAGAAUACUCAAGGCUGCCUAAGUUGUAUCUCUGUGAAUUCUGUCUAAAAUAUAUGAAAAGUAGAACUAUUCUACAGCAGCACAUGAAGAAAUGUGGUUGGUUCCAUCCUCCUGCUAAUGAGAUUUAUAGAAAGAAUAACAUUUCUGUCUUUGAGGUUGAUGGGAAUGUGAGUACCAUUUAUUGUCAGAACCUGUGUCUCUUGGCAAAAUUGUUUCUUGACCACAAAACGCUCUAUUACGACGUGGAGCCAUUUCUUUUUUAUGUACUAACCCAGAAUGAUGUCAAGGGCUGCCACCUUGUUGGCUAUUUUUCUAAAGAAAAGCACUGCCAACAGAAGUACAACGUUUCCUGUAUAAUGAUUCUUCCCCAGUACCAACGCAAGGGCUAUGGCAGGUUUCUCAUCGAUUUCAGUUAUUUGUUAUCAAAGCGUGAAGGCCAAGCAGGGUCUCCAGAGAAACCGUUAUCCGAUCUAGGUCGUCUUUCCUACAUGGCUUAUUGGAAAAGUGUAAUAUUGGAGUGCCUUUAUCACCAAAACGACAAGCAAAUCAGCAUUAAGAAGUUAAGUAAGUUGACUGGAAUCUGCCCUCAAGACAUUACUUCCACACUCCACCACCUGCGAAUGCUGGACUUCCGGAGUGACCAAUUUGUGAUUAUCCGCCGGGAAAAACUUAUCCAAGAUCACAUGGCAAAGCUUCAGCUGAAUCUGCGGCCUGUGGAUGUAGAUCCAGAGUGUUUGCGCUGGACUCCUGUCAUAGUCUCCAAUUCCGUCGUCUCGGAGGAGGAGGAGGAGGAGGAAGAGGAGGAGGAGGAGGAGGAGGAGGAGGAGGAGGAGGAGGAAGGAGAACAGGAAGAGCCUCAGAGCCAGGAAAGAGAAUCAGAGCCGAGUGUGGGGAAGUCUGCAUCUCAUGAGAACAAAGAACAAGAUUCUUAUUCUUUAGUAGAAAGUGAAAAGAAACCAGAAGUUACGGCGCCAGCCAGUUCUACGCGUUUGAACAAACAGGUCCUUCCCCGUGACAGUCUUCCUGCCAAUAAUCAGCCAUCUCGGAGAGGCCGCUGGAGGAGGAAGAACAGAAAAGCCCAGGAGCGCUUUGCUGAUGAGGAUUCGAAACUGCUUUUGGAAGAGACAUCAGCUCCUCCGGAGCAGUAUGGAGACCGUGAGGAAAAAUCAGAAACCUGCCAAGAACAGUACAUGGGAAGCCAGGAGCAGUCGGCAGCCUCGCAGGAGCAGCCGAGCCAGGACGGGAAGCCAGACGGUCCCAAAAGAAGACCGAGUGAGGUGCUUGAGCUCUGGCGAGGACCGCUCAAGAAAAGUCCCGAGCCUCUGAAGUGUGGGCUGCCAGAAAGCCACGACAGGCUGCCCCGUCGCUACAGUGAAGGUCGCUACAGCGAUGGGGACAGGACCCUCCUGCGGGGCUGCAGCGAGAGCAGUGAGGAGGAGGGGGAGCCCGAGAGCCCGCGGUCCAGCUCGCCCCCAGUCCUCACCAAGCCCACGCUGAAGCGGAAGAAACCAAUUCUUCACCGAAGAAGGCGAGUCCGAAAACGCAAACACCACAAUAGCAGUGUGGUCACAGAAACCAUUUCUGAGACCACAGAGGUCUUAGACGAGCCUUUUGAAGACUCUGACUCCGAGAGGCCGAUGCCCAGAUUAGAACCCACGUUUGAGAUUGACCAGGAGGAAGAGGAAGAGGAUGAGAACGAGCUCUUCUCUCAAGGGUACUUCCGUCACUUGUCCUCACAGGACAUUCUCAGGUGUCGACCCGCUUCUAAGAGGAAGUCUAAAGAUGGAGACGAAGAUGAAGAUUCAGACGAUGCUGACGACACUCCUAUCCUAAAGCCAGUAUCUCUUUUGAGAAAAUGUGAUGUGAAGGAUUCUCCACUUGAGCCAGAUACGUCCACGCCCAUGAAAAAGAAGAAGGGAUGGCCCAAGGGCAAGAGCCGCAAACCAGUCCACUGGAAGAAAAGACCUGGUCGCAAGCCGGGACUUAAGCUGAAUCGGGAGCUGGUGGCUGUUUCUACUCGAGAAUGCGUUGUUGAGCCCGUUGUCCCCCUUCCUGAGCCUGGACGUGAACCCCAAGUUCAAGAGAACCAGGAAGCUGUUGAAUCACGAGAAGACUUGCCUUUAAGGGAGGAAAGGAAGGAAGGGGAGGAGCUGCCCCUGGAAGCGGAGGAGGGGGAGGAGGGAGAGGAGGAAGAGGACACCACCAGCAGUGACGUCAGGGCGGCCUCUCCGGCGGACAGUUGCAGCCCCGAGACCGGAGCCAAGGAGCCCGAGGUGGGCGAGGAGGGGGAGGAGGAGGAGGAGCCCCGCGUCCCUGCGGGGCAGCAGCCGUCGGAGGAGGGGCCACAGGAGCUGGCACAGCGUGCCCGCGAGGAGGAGGAGGAGGAGGAGGAGGACGCUGCUGCGGAGGCCCACCAGAGCGAAGACCAUGACGCGGACGACGAGGACGACGGCCACCUGGAGCCCACAGAGAAGAAGGGGCCGGAGGAGCAGCCGGCUGGGGGCGACAGCAAGGAGGAGCACGGUGGCCAGGAGUCUUUUUUAGAUCCUGAUGUGCACAGCAGUCGGGAGCACGCAAAGGACAAGGAGGAGACAGAGCCAGAUUCUGAAGAGGAGCAGACUUCCCACGACGCGUCCGUGGUCUCGGAGCACAUGCCGGGCUCUGAGGACGACCACGAGGAGGACUCCCACUCUAAAGAAGAGCUGCUGCAGCUGAAAGAGGAGGCGGAGAUCCCUCACAGUGACCUGGAUCUGGAGACCGUGCAGGCCGUGCAGUCUCUGACUCAGGAGGAGAGCAGCGAGCACGAGGGCGCCUACCAGGACUGCGAGGAAACCCUGGCGGCCUGCCAGACCCUGCAGAGCUACACCCAGGCCGACGAGGACCCGCAGCUGCCCCUGGUGGAGGACUGCCACGCCUCGGAGCACAACAGCCCGCUGUCUUCUGUCCAGUCCCACCCCAGCCAGUCGGUGCGCUCGGUCGGCAGUCCCAGCGUGCCUGCCCUCGAAGGGGGCUACACCCAGAUCAGCCCGGAGCAAGGAUCCCUGUCCGCGCCGUCUAUGCAGAACAUGGAGACCAGCCCCAUGAUGGAUGUGCCUUCCGUAUCGGACCACUCCCAGCAGGUGGUGGACAGCGGCUUCAGCGACCUGGGCAGCAUCGAGAGCACCACGGAGAACUACGAGAACCCCAGCAGUUACGACUCCACGAUGGGCGGCAGCAUCUGCGGGAACAGCUCCUCCCAGAGCAGCUGCUCCUACGGCGGCCUGUCGUCCUCCAGCAGCCUCACCCAGAGCAGCUGCGUGGUCACCCAGCAGAUGGCCGGCGUGGGCGGCAGCUGCGGCCUGAUGCCGCAGAGCAGCGUCCCGCCCGCCGCCGCCGCUGCCCCCUGCAGCAUCAAGUCCCCUCAGAGCUGCGCCGUGGAGCGGCCUCCCAGCACCCAGCAGCCGCCGCCGCCCCAGCCGCCCCCGCAAGCGCCGCCCGCCCCGCCGCCGGCCCCGCCACCGCCGCCGCCGCCGCCGGCCCCGCAGCCACCGCCGCCGCCCCCGCAGCCCCAGCCCCCGGCCCCGCCCCCGCAGCAGCAGCAGCCCCCGCUGUCCCAGUGCAGCAUGAACAGCAGUUUCACCCCGGCGCCCAUGAUCAUGGAGAUCCCAGAAUCUGGAACCACAGGGAACAUCAGCAUCUACGAGCGGAUCCCCGGGGACUUCGGGGCCGGCAGCUACUCCCAGCCGUCAGCCACCUUCAGUCUAGCCAAGUUGCAGCAGCUGACCAACACCAUUAUGGACCCUCAUGCCAUGCCUUAUAGCCAUUCUCCUGCUGUGACUUCCUAUGCAACCAGUGUUUCUCUGUCCAACACGGGACUGGCUCAGCUGGCUCCGUCGCACCCCUUGGCUGGGACCCCUCAAGCACAAGCCACCAUGACGCCGCCCCCGAACUUGGCCUCCACUACCAUGACCCUCACGUCCCCUCUGCUGCAGUGCAACAUGUCUGCCACCAACAUUGGCAUCCCCCACACGCAGAGGCUGCAAGGGCAGACGCCAGGCAAGGGGCACAUCGCCAUCCGCUCCCGGUCCGCGCCCUUGCCCUCCGCGGCAGCUCAGCAGCAGCAGCUGUAUGGCCGCAGCCCGCCUGCGGUCGCCAUGCAGGCUGGCCCUCGUGCGUUGGCUGUUCAGCGUGGCAUGAACAUGGGGGUUAAUUUGAUGCCAACCCCCGCCUAUAAUGUCAAUUCCAUGAAUAUGAACACCUUGAACGCCAUGAACAGCUAUCGGAUGACGCAGCCCAUGAUGAACAGCAGUUACCAUAGUAACCCUGCCUACAUGAACCAGACAGCACAGUAUCCUAUGCAGAUGCAGAUGGGGAUGAUGGGGAGCCAGGCCUAUACCCAGCAGCCUAUGCAGCCAAACCCUCAUGGAAACAUGAUGUACACGGGCCCCUCCCACCACAGCUACAUGAACGCUGCUGGCGUGCCCAAGCAGUCACUCAACGGACCUUACAUGAGAAGAUGAGCAAGACGAACUUGCAGUUAAAAACUUAAAUAUAUAUAAAUAAAGGAACCUUUUAUACUGACAAACCAGAGAAAAAUGGACCUUUUUUCCAGUUAAAAUAUUGCUGUAGAUUUAGAGGAAUUUUUCUUUGGUUUAUUUUAUUUUUUAGAAAGCCUGGUCUUUCUUCUCUUUUUUGGGGGGUUCAUUUUGUUCUGGGUUUUGGUUUUCUUCACAAUCUUGAACAUUUUACAAUAGAACUCAUCUAAAAAUGGAUUUGGGGACGGGGAAACAUGCACAAAAAUCUUUUCAUAAUUAAAAAGAGCCUUACUUUCUUUACACACCACAUGGACAGACUUUGUGUAAGAGUGAAUUAUCUUUAUUUUAUUUUAAGAUGUAUGUUUCCCCUCAGUGUUUGCAGCUCCCAAUGUUGUCAUUUUUAAAUGUUAUAUAUACAUCUCGAGGGUUAGCCAGACCCUUUCCUCCACACCCAGCCUUUCAUUCCCUACUUCAUUCCAGCAGGAGGCACUUAUGGGAGACUCGGACGGGGACAUGGAGAACAACCCAAGCUCCUUAAACUUAUUAUUAUUGUUAAUAUUAUUAUUAUUAUUAAUAAAGUGAGGCAGGAAAAUGCUUCUCCUCUUAAAAUCCCCUCCACUCCCUACACACACACAUGCACGCACACACACACACCUCUUGAAACCUUUCCCCAAGAAUGUUUCUUUAUAGAUGAACUUCAUUGAAAUGUUUGUUUUUCUUAAAUCAAGUGUAAUAUAAUUUUUUUUUAAACUACUCCCACUCAGCACUCAGAGACACAAAAAUACUGUAAGUCUCAGUUAACAGCGGAGUCUCAGAGGGAAGCUGUUUGCAAUCCUAAUCCAGCCUUGGAGGAAUAGAUGGUCAGUUAACAAUCAAAAAGAGGCAAUUAACCUCCUGUUUUUUACCACCUGGUGAAUCAGCCAUACGCACAUAUUCCACGCAGCCUCUUGUUUUUGGUAUGUACUUUGAGAUGCCAAGGGUCUUGAUUCUUGAGCCUUUGACUCUGAUUAAACUCAAACAGUCCCCAGUGAUUAGCCUCUUAUAUUCUCAUGUAAAGUGUUGGUGGAUGACUGUGCAUGUCAGCGAUUUGAGAAAUAGCUGACUAACCUUUGACACUGUUUACUUUGUGUUGGAAGAGAUGACGCAGAAUGUGUGUCGUGAGGGAGAUCGUGGUGUGAGUUUUAUAGCUACUUCAGUGAUACAUACCUCUAGUUUUCCUUUGUCUUUUGAGAUCCUGAGUUCCUCCCCUGUGAAUCAGAGUGCGCCAGCCCCUCUCCUGUGAGUGGCUGAAGAGAAGAGGGAUUAAACCAACCACCAGCAUAGUAGGGCAAAUCUGGACAGCAGGGUUUUAGCAGGCUCCUGUGUUGCUCCCAGCUUCAUUCUCUUUUCUCUUGUGCAGCCAGUUCGCCCAUUCUCUUCUUGUUACUUGCUCCAGGGAUAGGUAAAAAAAAUAUAUAUAUAUAUAUAUAUGUGUGUGUAUAUAUAUAUAUACACAUAUAUACGUUCCAUCAUUAGAAGAUGGACACUAUUAUACCACUUGGUAUGUGCAGUCAAAUAUCCAAAAGGGGGAAGUACUGCUUAAAGAAAUACCUGUAAGCAUUAAAUUCUCUCCUUUAUUUGUACAUUUUAUAUAGAUAAAUUUUUGAAGUACGAAUUAGGCAUUAAAUUUUUUCAAAUGCACAGGUUUGUUGGGUUUUUUUAUACACUUUAAUUGACUUUCUCAAUUAAACGUGUUAGGUAGAAAAAGGCAGAAUUCCACAUCUUACCGCUGUCGAUUCUGAGCAUGUGCAAGGCCGUGUAGGACCCAGUUUCUCUGUAUAUACUGUUGCAGCUCCCAGUCGUCUGUGUAGAACGUGCACUGUGCUGCCCUCUGCCUACUCUUCGGCGCUGUCAUUGCUUCCUGGUUG